GAAUAUGAAGACAGCAUGAACUCUGUGGAGGUGUUCUUAACCUCAUGCACCUUAUUGGAGCACCCUUUCAAGGUCAUAACUGCAUUGAUCUAUUCACUGUUUGUUUUAAUCUCCACCAAUCUUGGGAAGACAGUUUCGAUCUCCUUCAUAACUGCCUUGAAUGGGUUGUGUAUCGUGAACACCAGAGAAUCUCUCAGCAUGAUGAUGGACACCUUUCUUACCCAGGGCAUGGGUCUGGCCAUCACAAACAUUCUGGUGUUUAUCGCAAUGUAUAUGGAAGGUCUUAUGAGCCUGAAUAUGCUGGACUCCCUGAAAGCCUUGGACAAGCUGAAUCCACUUAAA